UUACGUUGUACGGAGAGUGGAUCAUCAGAUCAGAGUUUUGGACAGUUCGUCGUAUCUUUAGUUUCCUUGCUUAGUUUUUUAGCUUCUUUAUAUUAAAAACUCAAAAUGGCUUUUCUCUGUCCUAUGAGAAUUCCACGAAGAAGAAGAAAAAAGAAAGAUGGCGAAAAUUUAGCCAAGAAUGGAGCUCCAAAAGGACGAAUUACUGGUGCAAARAGUACUGAUUCUUUAAUGAAAAUUACUGACGGCGACGAUGUGGAAGACAGRGAUUUUGAACCAAGGAGAAUGUUUGUACUGCACGACUUCAUUCCGUGUGUUGAAGACGAAACACCGGUCAAACGCAAUGAGCAAGUGAAAGCUUUAUACCAAGAAAAUGAUUGGAUUUACGUCGUUAAAGGUGACGGUAGAGAAGGUUUUAUCCCCUUCACAUAUUGUAUUUCAGAGGAAGAAUAUGAAAAGCGUAAAGAAAAAGCUAAAGCUACUUCCACGAACAAGAAAAAUACCUCCCUUCCUAGUCACUUGAAUGUCACGCUUCAGGAUCUUGCACCGUCAGAGUUUUAUAAACAAAACUAUGGGGAGUUUGUGGUWAAAUUUGACUUUGAUGCGAUAGAUGAYGACGAUAUUUCUGUCCGAAAAGGCGAAAUUGUUGUUGUUCUAAACAGGGAUGACCGAGAUUGGCUCUGGGUGAGAAAGAUGAGCAACCGKGAAGGAUUUGUUCCAAAGGAUUUCGUCACCAAACUCGAGCAAAUCGCAUCGAGAAAUCUGGCAGAAACUGGUCUGAGGUCAAGGUCAAGCCCYAAUAUWGCAAUGGACAAUCAACGCACUCCCCCUCAUCCCACAUCUAUUAUACCAGCACCAACCACAUUUCAACUUUCUCAAGAAAAAGAAAAGAGAAGAUCUUAUCAKGAAAUGAACAAUAAUGUUAUUGCUUCUGCAAAAGCRGCAAAUAAUCCAAUUUACAAAUCACCKACGAGGCCGUCYACUGUAAUUUAUGCUAAUCAGUUGCCAAUAGAUUCUUCACCUCGCYUGACAUCACCAAGCAAUGCAAGYGUUAUACCUCUUUCUAGUACCUUGAGUUAUAGCCCUAAUAAGACUAUAAGCCCUCAACCCAGUACGCCAAUACUACCUAUGUCCUCGAUGUCUGAUAUGGAAUCAGCUUUACCUMCUAGUCUAUCCCAGGUUGCUCUAACAAGCACACUUAGGAAUUCCUUUCAAACAAAUGAAAUUCAAGUUCAUCAKAGUCAAAAUCAGAAACAACCAAUAUCUGCAGGUAGUCGGGAGCAUGUUCAAAGUUCAAAAGGUCGCAUAUCAAUGUUAUCACAAAAGAAAAACCUUCAAAUGUCACAACUUGGUGGGACCCUUGCUUCAAAAUCUUACUCGUCCAUGACUAAGAAAGAACAAGUUAAAUUCUCUCCUGUAGUUAUAGAAUGUAAACCACAGACACUUCUUUCUAGUCCAGUCAGAUCUGGUCUACGCAAAAACAGUAAUGAUCUCCUUCUUAAUGGACAAGAACUUGUUUGCACAGAUACUUAUAUCGCACAAAAAGGAGAUGAAAUGACGGUAUAUAAGGGAGAUUGGAUUUAUGCUGACAUGAAGAAUAGAGACUACAGGGGUUGGAUAUGGGCCUAUUCGCCUUCGUCAAAYAACCAAGGCUUUGUGCCGAAGUAUUGUUUAAGGCCACCAGCAACUACACCCCUGUAAAACUAACAAACUAAUGGAAAAAAAGAAAGUUCUGGGUGGAUCUGGGUUGACUGGGAAUGGGAUGGAUSCUUCUUUCCCCUCCCCCAAUUCUGGGACCUAAUUGUACUUUUAACACUUUAUGUUGUUUCAAGUCUCCAUCGCAUAUUGUAGUGUACAAUCUCUCCUCAGAACAUACCAGCACACUCCCUAAAGAAAAUACUGGAUCUGCCCAUUUGGGAAAGGGUACUAAGGGCAAAGAAUGGGAGUGAGUUUAUAUAGCACUCUCCAUGACUUUGUUGACCUCUGCACCUUUUUGUGGCUAUAAUUAUUUAUAUCAUGUGACCAAACCACUAAGAAAGAUAAUUGUUAUUGUGGCUAAAAUGUCUCUAAGUAUGUUUUAUAGAUUUUAUAUAUAUGGUAACUUUAUA